AAUGAGUAAAUGCACUUAUCCCUUUUCCAUUAAAAACUACACAAGUAAUGGGGAGCUCGGCUUCAGUCUAGGCACGCUACGUCCAGGCAACGUUCAUCUCUUGUGGUGAAUCUUACGCUCUCUCUCCCCAUUCGCCCGGCGGCGAUUGUACAACCAUCACGGCCUGGACUGAAGCCGAACUCAAACGUGAGUUUUGCUCCUCUCCUCUCUUCUCUUCGACUGUAGCUACCUGGACCGAAGCCGGACUCCUCUCCAAGUCCAAGGCAAUCUACCUAUUCCUCAUUUCCCUUGCUAUUGAUUUACUGUGCAUCAGAAGUUCAGAACGAUCACCAAAACCUUACUCGUCACUCUGAUCUUUGUCUUUGGAUAGUUGUAGAAUUUGAGGCUGUUGUUUCAAUUCUUCCAUGGCGUUUGCUCGUUAUCCACCGGCUGUGCCUGUGGACACUUCAAAUCCUCCGAGAACCCCGGUUAUAUCUUCUUUUUCUUCAGCUUCCUCCAUUGUUAAUACCACUAUCUUUUCGAAUUCUUUCUCUUCUGUUCGGACCAAAGUGCGUGAGCCUUCACUCUUUUCGAGUUUCCGUAGAAUCGCACAAGCAGGUGUUCUCCUUCUCUUUCAUUAAUAAGAACUUCUUCCUUUUUUUUUAUUUGCAGGGAUUUGUCCAACUUCUCUUUCAUUUUCAAUGGUGUGAAAGUUUCCGAGGAUAUUGUUGCCCGGAAUUGAAAUUUAGAGAUUCGAUUUCAUGGUUUUUUUCCUGUACUCUGUGAUUAGUUUAUUCUCCAGUUUCAAUAGCUUUUAGUACUCUGUUCGGAUCAAAGUGCCGAGAUCCGUCGGAGCACGUCUACCGGGGACACAACGGACCUUGGGGCUUCCAGCAUCAGCUCGGCGUUUUUGAGUGGCAGGGCGAUAUGCCAGAGAUUUCCUUCAUUCCCGAAAUGUUAUUCUUUAUAUACAUGAGGAUACUGGCAGACAUGGGUAGAAGUAGGAGGUAUUCCUGGAAACUGGAAUCGGUUCGAGAGCCCAACGGUGACCACCACCGUCGCCUGAUAAACCUUCGGUUUGUAUCCCUUCUGACACUUGGUAUCGAUGAGCGCCAUAUCUGAAUCAAGAACUCUACCGUUCACACUGAUUGCAGGGCAAAUCAGGUAAAGCUUUCCCCCUUGUACUUCCUCAUCCGCUCUCAAUGCCGAGAUCCGUCGAAUCCGUCGGAGCACGUCUACCGGGGACACAACGGACCCUGGGGCUUCCAGCAUCAGCUUGGCGAGAUUUUAAGUACUUGUCCUAUCUUCUUGCAGUCGCCACCGGGCGGAUGGGGAGAGAAAGCAUGAGAUUCGUCUACGACAGGAGAGGAGAGGAGAGGAGAGGAGAGGAGAGACGUUUUGCUUAACCCUUCACACGAUUCAGUGAAGCCGAACUCUUACCUUGGUACUUAUCUAAACACGAACGGGGCCUAAUUAUUAUGCGAGGUUUAUGUGAGAACAAAUUUUGUACGGAAAAAAUCCGGAUUCCAUGACGUGUCUACUAGUGAUCCAGAAGCGAUCCCUUUGACUUCUAACAGAGGAGACUGCAGAGAUAGCAGGGACGAGCUUUAACGGAUCCCUUUGAGAAGAUGGAACCAUCACCGGUGGCAGUACCUCAUGUGCUCGUCUUACCGAUCCCCCUCCAGGGCCACAUAAACUCCAUGCUCAAGUUAUCAGAGCUCAUCUCACUUGCUGGAUUUCACGUCACAUUUCUCAACACCGAACACAUCCACCGCCUUCUCCUCCACUUUACAAACGUCACCUCCCGCUUCGCCCGUUGGCCCGGAUUCCACUUUGCAACCAUCCCAGAUGGUCUUCCUUUUGAUCACCCCCGCUCAGGUCCAGGCCUCGUUGAAUUGUUCGACUCCUUAAAAAUUACGUCUAUCCCUCUUUUACGAGAGAUGCUCGUAUCCAAUCGAUGGGGAUCUGACGUCCGGCCACCUGUGACAUGCAUCAUAGCAGAUGGGAUCAUGUCAUUCACCAUUGAUGUGGCUCGAGACCUUAACAUACCCACUAUAUUUUUCCGUACAGUCAGCGCUUGCAGCUUCUGGGCUUAUUUCUGUGUUCCAAAACUCAUUGAAGCAGGCGAGAUUCCUUUCAGAGAUGCCGACAUGGACUGUCCGAUAACGUGCGUGCCGGGGAUGGAAAACUUUCUCCGACGAGCUGACCUCCCGGGUUCUUGUCGAACCAACAACUUGGGUGAUCGUACUCUCCAAUUCCUUGUCACAGAGACCAUUAACACGACUCGAGCAUCUGCCCUCAUACUAAACACAUUUGAAGACCUAGAAGGACCAAUCCUCUGUCAAAUUCGUUCUCAUUGUCCGAGACUGUAUACAAUCGGACCUCUCCAUGCGCUCUUAAAAACCCAGAUUUCAGAUUCCUCACCUUCUGUUUCGUCCAAUAGUCUCUGGGAAGAGAAUAAAAGUUGCAUAAGGUGGCUUGAUUCAAAACCGUUGAGAUCGGUGGUGUAUGUAAGCUUUGGAAGUUUAGCUACGAUGACCAGAGACGAAGUAUUGGAGUUCUGGCACGGUUUGGUAAACAGCGGAAAGCCGUUCUUAUGGGUCAUAAGGCCGGACUUAUUAGCUCGAAAAGAAGGGGAGGAUCAGAUCCUGACAGAAUUGGUGGAGGGGACGAGGGAGAGGGCGUACAUAGUGGAAUGGGCUCCACAGGAGGAGGUCUUGGCCCACCCGGCCGUCGGUGGCUUUCUCACCCAUAGUGGGUGGAAUUCGACUCUGGAGAGCAUUUACGCCGGUGUUCCAAUGAUCUGUUGGCCCUACUUUGCUGAUCAGCAGAUAAACAGCAGAUUUGUCAGCGAGGUGUGGAAAUUGGGCCUUGAUAUGAAGGAUACUUGCGACAGAUUGAAGGUGGAAUUAAUGGUGAAAGAAGUAAUGGAGCGGAAAAGGGAUGAAAUGAUAAAAUCAGCGGAAAAUAUGGCCAAGUUAGCGAGGAUGUCUGUCGGCGAAGGAGGAUCUUCUUCCUGCAAUUUGGACAAACUGAUCCAAGAUAUAAGAUCAAUGUGCGUGCGAGCUUCUUCAACUUAAUUCUGAAUGGUUUGAUGACCGUGUGACGGGAAUGGUUGAGGCUUUGGCUAGCCGGGCUAAGAUUGUUCACAAUGAUAUUGACCCAGCUGAGAUUGGAA